AAGCAACUAAACACGUUCAUAACUCUGAUCUACAGCCCAUCACUCCUGACCUAUUGAUGACGCCCAGUGAUCGUGAUGAUGCAGAACUGGACAUAGAAUACCCUGAAGACAGAGGGAAUUGGACUGGAAAGUUAGACUUCCUACUAUCAUGUAUUGGAUACUGUGUUGGAUUGGGAAAUGUCUGGAGAUUUCCAUACAGAGCAUACACCAAUGGAGGAGGGGCUUUUCUUAUUCCAUACUUCAUCAUGUUAGCUAUCUGUGGAAUCCCCCUCUUCUUCAUGGAGCUGUCCUUGGGUCAGUUCUCUAGCCUGGGACCCUUAGCAGUGUGGAAAAUAAGUCCACUCUUUAAAGGUGUUGGGAUGGGCAUGCUUCUUAUUGUGGCCCUAGUAGCCAUCUACUACAACAUGAUAAUUGCCUACGUGUUAUUCUACCUCUUCGCCUCACUGACCACCAGCUUACCCUGGAAGCAUUGUGGCAACUGGUGGAACACUGAGCUUUGCCUUGACCACCAUGUGAUUCGGUCCAGCAACUCUGCACUACCAAUAAACAUCAGUAGCACUGUUAGCCCCAGCGAGGAGUACUGGAGUCGCUACGUUCUUCACAUCCAAGGGAGUUCUGGAAUUGGGGAUCCGGGACAGAUUCGAUGGAAACUGUGUCUGUGUCUUCUACUAGCCUGGACUAUUGUCUAUCUAUGCAUUCUAAAGGGAGUGAAGUCUUCUGGCAAGGUAGUAUAUUUCACAGCUACGUUCCCUUACAUAAUACUCAUCAUGCUGCUAGUUCGAGGCGUUACACUAGAAGGAGCCUGGAUCGGGAUUAAGUUCUACCUGACACCGCAAUUUGAUCACUUACUGUCAUCGAAGGUAUGGAUUGAAGCUGCACUUCAGAUUUUUUAUUCACUUGGAGUUGGAUUUGGCGGUCUACUAACUUUUGCAUCAUACAACACUUUCCAUCAAAACAUUUAUCGGGAUACAUUUAUUGUCACUCUUGGAAAUGCUUUUACAAGCAUACUAGCAGGAUUUGCCAUCUUCUCCGUGUUGGGCUACAUGUCGCAGGAGCUGGGAGUUCCAGUUGAUCAAGUGGCUAAAGCAGGUCCCGGACUGGCCUUUGUAGUGUAUCCACAAGCCAUGACAAUGCUUCCUCUGUCUCCUUUCUGGUCAUUCCUUUUCUUCUUCAUGCUUUUGACUCUAGGAUUAGACAGCCAGUUUGCAUUCAUGGAGACCAUUGUGACGGCCAUUACAGAUGAGUUCCCUUAUUACCUCAGACCCAAGAAAGCUUUUUUCUCCUUUAUCAUCUGUGUUGCACUGUUUCUGCUGGGGUUAAUCCUCACAACGGAUGGUGGAAUGUAUUGGCUGGUCUUUUUGGAUGACUACAGUGCAGGAUUUGGCCUUCUGGUGAUAGUAAUCACAUUCUGCCUCUCGAUUUCAAGAAUAUACGGAAUAAAGAAUUUUUGCCGGGAUAUACAAAUGAUGCUUGGAUUCAAACCGGGUAUCUAUUUUAAAGCUUGUUGGGCAUUUUUAUCACCAGUUACAUUAAUUGGCCUAUUGGCUUACAGCAUAUUGAAGUAUCAGCCUUCCCAGUACGGCAGCUACAAGUUUCCUUUCUGGUCAGAAGCAUUAGGGAUUCUCAUGGGUCUUCUUUCUUGCAUGAUGGUGCCCAUUGGGAUGCUGGUUGCCAUAUUAAAAGAAGAAGGGACACUUUGGGAGGUGAGUCAUACACACCAAAAUGCAUAAUAUUGUCAUUGUUAAUGUCAAUGUAUCGGGCAUGUUUUAUUUUUAUAGUUCACGCAAACCUCUUAUUUGAAUCCAAGCUGCAGACAAGUGGAAAAAUAACCCAAAAUUGUAGAAUAUAGUGCAUUGCUGAGUUAGGGUGAGAAA